AUCAAGAUAAGGUUAGAGCAUUAUAGAAGCGUCAAAUAUCCCACCAUGUCUUAGACCAGACUCCAGAGAGUUAUGGCAAAUGCAGGAAAUUUGGUAUCGCAAAGGAGCUUCAAUCCAAUAUUCAAUCCAUACCACUCCAUAGAUAAGCUCAACAACACCUUCAGGUUGUUCUCUCGGAUUCCCUCUUACAAUAAUCCCACUGUCACUGUCACUGCUUCUUCCAAAAGAAAGGAUGACUUUAACUCUCCUUUGAUUGGGAAGAACACGAACAGGGCUGCUCGCCGUUUGAUCACAAUAUCACCUGGUGAUGGCAGAUAUCACGGGGAUUGGACAAGUGAUUAUCUAGUCUCUUUGCACGACCUAGACUUACAGGAUUUGAUUGAAGACGAUGGUAACUCACAUAAGAAUGCGCAAGUUUUCAUCAAUCUCUCCGUCCAAAAGCAUGCUAGCUUUGGUUUAUCCGUAGAUGGAAGAGUCACCACAUCCUUCACUAGAAAGUGCAGCAACUGUUCUACUCCCUAUUGCCGACAGAUUGAAGCAAAAUUUAACGUAUGGGUUCUUAUAGCACCUAAAGACGACCGCAAGCAGCCACAACUUGAAAUUGGAGAUGACCCUAAUGUGAUAUAUGUUAGACCUGGACACGAAGUUGAUCUCGAUUCUCUUGUACAAGAUGCCAUCCGACUAAACUCAGCAGUAAAAGACUGUUGCUCUGAAUUAUGCGAGAAAACUGAGGGUACAAUACAGUAUAUAACUGGACAAAGUCAGGCUUCCGUUGAUAAAAGGUGGUCUAGACUAUUGGCACUAAAGAAAACAAAUUUAUAGCAUAGACUAAUAACUUUCAUGUAUACAAUAAUCGUCAGUUUGCAAAUAGAUUGUAUGUAUAAUGUAUUGAUGAAUAAUCCUUCUUUCUGAUGGGCAAUCCAUUUCUAAUGUAUGUUUCGAAAA